AUGGAGAGUCAUGAAGAGAAAAUUCAGGAAAUUAUUGAGAGAAACAAGGAACUGGAAGCAGCUGAGGAGAGGAAGAAAAAAGCCAAGCAAUUGGAGAUGCAAAGACGUGAAGUUUCGAAACGAGGCGGUGUUGGCGGCAUUGGCAAUAGCGCCUCAGUCGGAGCAGGUUAUGGUGGUAAUAUCGGCUCUGGCUUUGGCAACAGUUCAUUGGCUUCAAAUAGUUAUGCAUCGAACAAUGGAAGCAACUCGUCCAUUUAUAACAACUCCGAUUAUGACAGUGGUGCAUCCAAAAAACCGUUAUCAGCUUUCAAAGGAAGAGGGUUGCAAUUAGGAUCUAAGAAAGGUUCCUCUAGUUUCCACUCUGAAGCAAGUCCACUUAUGGGAGAAGAAGAAGAUCCUUUGGAAUAUAAGGAAAAAGCCCCGUCAUCGCUCACUACUGCCGAUCAUUCUGCUCGCUCAAGAACGACAUUGGCUUCUGCUCAUCAGCACAAAUCCAGCAGCGACAACCAGGGUAUUGAGGUUUCAAUUGUGGAAACCAUUAGUGCUACUCUUGGAAGAGACGGUUCAGUUGUAAACUCGGAAAUAAAAGGACACCUCGAUCUCAGGAUUGCAGAUCCCAAUCUUGCGAAGGUAAAACUCUUGACAUCUGCCAAUGGCCAAGAUGUUGGAUCACAAUACAAAACACACCCCAAUGUUGAUAAGGCUAAGUUCUCACAACAAAAUAUCAUUACCGUGCGUGAUCCAUCUCGACCCUUUCCUUCUAACAACCAAGAACUAUCUGUCUUGCGUUGGAAAGUCAAUGGUAAGCCAGAUGAUAACCACUUGGCACCAGUUACAUUCAAUUGUUGGUUUUCACGUUCAGAUCCCGGUUUCUUCGAUGUUACUAUAGAAUAUGAGUUGAAUCCACUCUUUUCUGAGACUCUCGACAACCUGGUGGUGACUAUCCCUCUAGUUUCGUCAAAUGCGCAUGUUUCAGAUGCUUCCCUUGUAUGGGAUCAGUUCGAUGAUCACCUCGAAUGGAUUGUUCCUGUUAUCCAGCCAGGUUCUGAUAACACAUCUGGUAGCUUCGAGUUCACAGCUGAAGCUGAUUCGGAGGAAGACUUCUUCCCUAUGAACGUAUCGUUUAAGGUCAAAGAUUCUCUUACGACUUUUGGUAAGGUUGACGUUCGGGAUGUUGUUUCUGCGUCGGACGAGAGUAUUUCGGUUCCAUUCCAGAAGCGUACGGAUGUUUCAUCUGACACGUAUAUUAUUAGCUAG